GAGACCCCAAGUGUCCUGUACCACUACCCACCCACCCUCUCUCUGCCUCGUCGUCUGAUUUAGCUCGUUGUGGUUAAAACCAACGACGGAGCCUCUUCCCACCACCCUUUUCUCUUCUCUUCACAGUACACGGGCUAGUCCAGCAUUUUCUUUCAACCAUGGGCUACUCCGAGGACAGCCACCCCGUGGAGCGUUUCGAGACGCAUCAGACGGCAAACUAUGAAAACAUGACGGUUGGCGAAUACAUGGGCACGCGUGUGUCGUCGCUGCGCCCGCCCAUGACCAAGCUGCCCAACCCGAUCCGCCUCAUCCGCAGUCUCAGUCCCAUGCAAUGGGCAUUCUUCUUUGUCGCCUUUGCUGCUUGGACCUGGGACGCCUUUGACUUUUUCACAGUGUCUCUCACCAUUAGCGAUCUGGCACGCGACUUUGGCAAGCAGCCUUCUGAUAUCACUUGGGGCAUCACAUUGGUGCUCAUGUUCCGAUCUGUCGGGUCUAUUGCGUUUGGUAUUGCGAGUGAUCGCUACGGCCGCAAGUGGCCCUUUGUUGUCAACAACAUUCUCUUCAUCAUUCUCGAACUGGGCACCGGCUUCUGUCAAACAUACGACCAGUUCCUCGCAUGCCGUGCGCUCUUUGGUGUCGCCAUGGGCGGCCUAUACGGUAAUGCGGCCGCCACUGCUCUUGAGGACUGUCCUCCCGAGGCUCGUGGUCUCAUGAGCGGUCUGCUUCAGCAGGGUUAUGCCUUUGGCUACCUUCUCUGCGCCGCCUUUGCCCGCGCCCUCGUCGACACCACCCCUCACAGCUGGCGACCUCUGUACUGGUUCGGCGCCGGCCCGCCCGUGCUCUUCAUCAUUGCGCGUCUGAUGCUCCCCGAGACGGAGGCCUACCAAGAGCGCCAGCGACUGCGCGCCCAGGCCGGCAACACGGGCGAAGACUCUGUCGGCUCCGUCUUCAUCCGCGAAGGCAAGGUUGCGCUCAAGAAGCACUGGGUCCUUUUGAUUUACCUUGUCCUGCUCAUGGCCGGCUUCAACUUCAUGAGCCACGGCAGCCAGGAUCUAUACCCUACCAUGGUGGAGAACCAGCUCGGCUUCUCCAAGACACAGGUCACCAUCACCCAGGUCAUUGCCAACCUCGGCGCCCUGACCGGCGGCACUGUUUGCGGUUUCAUCAGCCAGUCCGUUGGCCGCCGCCUGACAAUCAUCAUCAUCUGCAUCAUCGGCGGCGCCCUUCUCUACCCGUACACCUUCCUGCGCACCGAGAAUAUCUGGGCAGCCGCGUUUUUCGAACAAUUCUGCGUGCAAGGAGCUUGGGGUGUAAUUCCAAUUCACCUAAUGGAGCUUUCUCCUGGUGCUUUCCGUACCUUUGUUGUCGGUACCUCGUAUCAGCUCGGUAACCUGGUGUCGUCGGCGUCGUCCACCAUUGAAGCCACUAUUGGUGAGCGCUUCCCUCUGCCGCCAACCAAGACCGGCACGCCGCGCUACGACUAUGGCAAGGUCAUUUGUAUCUUCAUGGGCUGUGUCUACGCCUACACGAUUGUGCUCACGUUCCUUGGCCCCGAGAUGCUCGGCCACAAGUUUGACGUGGCCCACGACCACGACGCUGCUGAGGGCCUGGGCGAGGUCGUCGAUAACCGCAACAACGACAGUGACGAGCCGACUGAUAAGAAGCACGCAUCGGCUGUGUAAGGGCGUAUAAAGUCUUAUGUACGCGGGUUGUGGGUUAAUAAUGAAACAAACCAGAAGAGGGGGGUUAGCGUAACGUGUUUAUAAUGUUUUGUUGUACUUUCUGUUGCAUGCAGACAAUACCAUAAGAGACUGUUUUUUUAUGAUUUCAACCAUUCGUAUAAAUUUUCAAACCGAAAAAAAUAUGUAUCAAUGAUUCAUUUCUGAAAGAAAGCAAGGACUAUAAACUCCUGGAUAUCAUCCGUAUAUGCAACGCAAUGCCUGUAGCCCGCCGCCCAAAGACAACAAAGGAAAUGCCCGACUUGUUUUUGCUCCGUCUCUUCUUCUACAUACAGUAUGUAGAAAUCAACUGUACUUAGGAGCUGUCACUUCCACGGCGGCGGUGGUUCUUGUGCUUCUUAAACUUGUGCUCGACAAUAUUGGCACCAAUCGCACCCACCACCGCAGCACCAAUCGCACCCAAUGUACCGGAGCCGGCCUUGUGAGCAGCAAAGGCGCCCGCACCGCCGCCUACCAGCGUUGCGCCGAGGCCCUUUUCGCCGUCAGGCCCGCCGGGGCCGCCAGGGCCACCACCGUAUGGGCCACCUUGAGAGCCGCCGUAGCUAGGCUGGCCGUACGGGCCGCCUUGGUUGUUGUUGUUGCUGCUGUACUGAGGCUGGGGAGGGUGAGGCGAUGUGCCGCGGUUAUCGUAGGGGGACUGGCUGUGGUUGUUGUUGUUGUUGUUGUAGUAGCUGUCCUGUUGGCCGCCGCUGUAUUGUGGCUGUUGCUGGUGCUGGCCGUACUGGGGCUGCUGCUGGUUGUAGCCGCCACCGCCGUAUUGCGGCUGUUGCUGGUUAUACUGGGGCUGGCCACCAUACUGAGGCUGCUGCUGGUUGUACUGCUGCUGUUUGGGCCCAACGCGUUAGUGGUGCUGUUUCAGCUGUUUGCUUGCCUGCUUUGCUUACCUGCUGGGGAUAGCCGCCGCCAUAGUUUUGCUGCUGGUUGUAGCCCUGGUUGCCGUAGCUGUUCCCAGAAGAGGAACCGUAGUAGUCUUGAUUCGACAUAUUGUGCGUAUAAAUGGCUUUGUAUGCGUGUAGUGUGUAGCGGCCCGGGUUGUAGAUGGGAAAAAAACAAAUCUCGUAACAAGGCCUUGUGUGAAAAGGGUAGAGGACACGGCCACCUUUUUAUAAAAACGCCGUGCGUGCCUUGCCAAGACGUCCGAGAUGCCCGCUUCGAUGGCUGAAUCCCGAGCGCUUGGCUCAGUGCUUUCUUGGUGGCGCAGCAAGCACCAGCAGCAAAUCACGACCUGCAGGGGCGGAGCGUGCUGACAGCGCCUAGUGCGUGACGUAGCCUCCUGGCCAGGAGGCCCCCCCGCCUAAAAAGAAAAAUCCGUCCCAAGCUACAGUACAGCCCUUGCAGCGGCCGCCGCUGGGCCUAUUCUCCGCUGCAGCCGCCUGAUACGACGGAAGCCCCCGACAGCGAGCGAAGCCUUGUAACUACAUACCUGUAGCGACGCUAGCUAAGUUAGUGGAGAGCGUUGCGUGGCGCCUGCCACCCGCCCGUUAGCACUGCCCCGCCAGUGGCAGUGAAGCACCCCCAGCAAAAGUGUGCCUGGCCGGUGAUGCCAUCGUCUGCUUCUAUCCGAGGACCGAGCGAGCGAGCGAGCUGCACAUCCCCCAGAAGAGAAACGAGGCAAUAAGGAUUUGUUGCAAUGCACUGUACCUGAAAACAAGGCUUUUACUUAGCACUAAUUACGUCGUUUUAGUGUCACUCCAUUGCCGGCCAAAACCCUUCUUCAGCAGCCAACAGCUCCUCCCACCACGGCGUAACCCUCGCCAUCAACACAUCCCAAACUUUGCCGUCGCCACGCCGCACUUCCUCUGCAACAGCAUCGUCAAUAAUCUUCCCCAGCAUGUCCACAAAUACAACAAAGUCAGCAGACGUCCAAUUCGGUAUAAACUCAGCACGCAGAGCGCCCCCAUCAUCGUCAUUAUGAGUCGUUCCACUAAGCUGGCUCUUUGCCCACGUCCAUGCAUCAAGGUAACACUUUUCUGUUCCGUAAAACACCACCGCGCUCUCCAACCACGGAAGUAGAGACCCAGGCCCAGGAGCCAAUUUAUCAAAGAGGGUCUCGAAGCGUUGAAGUCCCGGCAGCUUAGCAGCCUGUGGAACAACGGCGCCGUCUGCGCCUGUUGGUAGGUUGACGUCGAUGCCGUAGCGCCGGGCUGUGUCUACAAAGAAGGCCUCCUCGCG